AUGUUGCGCGUCCGGAUGCUCGGUGAAGCUGUGGCGAGCAUACCUGUUGAGCAGAUACGGGACGUGAGGAGCUUGAAGCGGCACCUGCAUCGGUACCAUGGCCUGCCUCCACGAUUUAGGCAGAGGGUGCUUCUUCAUGGCGAGUGUUUGGAGGAUACUGCCACGCUGGACGCCCCGACGGACCUUAGCCUCGUUCUUGUGCCAUUCGCCGACGUUUCCCGACAGCAGGCGAGCGACCUACCAGGUGCUGCUUGCCAGGGCUGGAUUGCCGAGGUCGAGACCAUGAUGCAGCUGCCCCAAGACCCAGAUUCGGUUGGCGUCGGAGAGCGGCAGGCUUUGACGGUCGCAUCUGAGAAAGGCCACGUUGAAGUCGUGCGCUUGCUGUUGCUUGGUAGGCCCUAG